CUACUCACUACACCACACCAAAGCCCUCUACACUGAACGAUAACACUUCUAUACUACCGACUAAUGUCGGAGUACCCUGUCCUACGGACACAAAAACUGGUAAAAAUUAUCUGCGCUUCGGACGCCCUCGAUGGAGUCUCUUGCACUGAUUGGGGCGGUGUCGAAUGCCGCCCAGUUUUACGAAUUCGCUCUCCAAUUCCUAUCACAACUGAAGGAAGUAUACGGCUCUCCGAACACGGCGCAGGAAGACAUUAUAGACCUCUCAAGUGUCACCACCGAUCUUGCGCGCUUCUUGGACAAGCUGUCAGCCAUCGAUCUCAACGAGGCUGAAUCCAGACCUACGAACGAGGGAAAAGUGCUGGCCCGUUGCGUCCAAGAAUCUAUAGAAGUUGCAGAGGAACUUCAUAGCACAUUGCAGGUAUCGCAAGUUCAGAAAAGGGGCCUGAAGGAAGAGGAGAUAGUCGCCCUCACCGCCAACCUGGAGAAACUGGAGAAUCUGCGGAACAAAGUUCAAGAGGCGAUACGAACUCGAAGCCAGGAACAGCUCACAGAAGGGAUCGAUCCCAAAGUCCGUUAUGUAAGGAAACGAUUACUAGGUUGCGGAGGACAAGCCGUCGUUGAUGAGGUGCGAGAUACGGUCGACAACAAGGUAUAUGCUCUCAAGACCUACACGUUCCGGUAUGGGGAGCUGGAAUAUCAAGCAAAGGCAGCAACCUUUCUUCGAGAAGUCAAGAUAAUGGGCGAUCUUUCGAGGGUAGCGACCCCAAGCACACCAUUUAUCGUACGGCUUGUCCGAUGGCAUCAGGAUAAUGCUACGCACCAGUAUCAUUUAGUCAUGGACCCUGUUGCUACAGGAGGCUGUCUCGAAGCACUACUUCAGCGGCAAUUCGCCACUGACGCGGAGAUCAUAAGCCAAAAAUUUCUCCGGACGGCAUUCACCAAUCUCACCGAGGGGCUUGAUUUCAUCCACCGCCACUCCGUCAGACACAAAGACAUCAAGCCAGCCAACAUCCUUAUCCAUGAUGGACGGCUCCUGUACGCGGACUUUGGCGUUUCGCUGGAGUUUGAUCCAUUGCUUUCAGAUUCCGGAACGACUGAAAGUACCAGGCCACAAUACACCUAUGGGUAUGCUGCACCUGAACUGAUCAUGCGCCAACCCAGGAACAAAAAGGCCGACAUCUUCUCCCUUGGCUGCGUCCUUUUCGAAGUUCUCGCGGCUCGGGGGAGGUUUCUCUCGCCGCAGCUUGAGAGUGACAGAGAAACCAUCUUCGGGGAGAAAUUUGUGGGUUAUGGUUUUGAGGCUAUGACAGGGCGCCUCAAGGGCGAGCUGGACCGAUUCGCGAAUGAUGCUCACCUAUCGAGCAUAUCGAGGUAUAUACCAUUGAUACGAGGCCCCCUAGACGCCGAAGCGGAAAGACGACCGGAUGCAGAAGAACUCCGCCAUGACGCAUGGGAAGUGAGCAGCCCUGAUGUUGAAGGAAAACUGCCAGCCAUCAGGAGACGUCGCACUCACGUAGUAAUGGUCAACAUUUCGUGGAUGGAUGCCGUUAAAGGCUUGUUCUUCGGCCCGAAAGGCUUAAAACAAAGACUGGCAGAUACCAUUAAGGUUGUGGACCUUGGGGAUGACGGCGGAAUUAUGUACGAUCAUAAGGAAUCGCCAUUCCUCCUGACAGUCUCCGUGUUCCCAUGCCCUGGCUCUGGCAUCGAACAACGUCAGCAAGCUAUGUGUGUGUUUGAUACUGGCUGUUUGCAAGGCAACAUAAUAUCUGCCGAAUUUGCACGCCGAUUGGGCUUUGCAGAGUUUCAACCGCUGAAGCCAAAGGAGAAAACCGGAGAUAUCCAUGACAUAUUAGGUGCCGUCCACGUAUCCUGGUUCCACAGCGGCGGCACAACAGUCUUCAGGGAUAUGCGGUUCCUCGUCUCAGAGAGUGCGCAAGUUGAUCUUGUAAUCGGAACACACACCCUUAUAAGACAUAAUCUCCUCUCGCCGCCGUCUGUCCAGACGGCCUGACGACAGACUUUGAAUCAGCAACGACUGUCGAGUGGACCAAGCGUAUAGAUACUCCGUUUAGCAGGAAAAUCGAUCGAAGCGAUGGUUUGGUCAAUCGAAGAAAAAGGAGAACAAAGGGCGUAAUGGGGCGCGAAAUGAGAAAGCGAAGACAUCGUAAAAGCGUCAAGUUCGAAAUCUGUAGGCCGUUGAAGUUCCUAGGUCGGAUCUGGAUAUAGUAGUUAGUCCUCCCAACACUCCAUCUCUUUCACUUUGAAUACCCUUUAAGCUGCUUC